AAUCCAAACCAUCAACAACUUUUCUCCCGCGUUUAAAUUUUAUUAAAUUAUAUCUAUAAUAAAAAUAAACUUAAAAAAUUAUUAUUUCAACUCAAUAAUAAUAAUUAAUCAAAUUGAAAUUAACAAGUGGUUUAUACAUAUUUUGAAUUAAGAUUAAAAAAAAUAAUCAAUGUCAAUUAUGUCGAAUAUUAAUUGACCAAAUAAUACCAAGUGUUUCGAUUAUUUUGUUGAUAAAAAAUUACUUGGAUUACAAUUUACAAAAGAUAUCAAUAAUGUCAGUUGAAAAUAAUAAAUUAUCUAGCAGUAGUAAUGAGUGUCCUUAUCCAAAAGAGUCACCAAAUUUAUCAUUAUUUCCAAAACAAUUGGAUUUGCUUAAUGAGGAUAAUUAUUCUUCAACUGGUACUCGUACCUUACCACAAGUUCCAAGUCUUAUUCGUCAAACACCAGGAUGGGUUGAUCAUGUUGUCAAUUCAUCAGCAUCAAGUACAACUGUUGGACAAAAUUUAAAUCUACCACAAAGGGUUGAAUCAGAUGAGGCACCACCACCGUCUUAUGAACAAAUUAUGCAGCCUUCAAUAUCAAACAUUGGUACAUCACCUUUUUCUUCAAAUUCACAUCUUCAAACUAAUUACUCAAGAAGAAUAAUAUCAGAGCAUCAUAAUUCAAAUAUUGAAAAUACACAAAUUGGUGUUGAUUAUGUUGAUACUGUUAAUCUUUGUUUUGGUACUGUUAUUAGUAUGUUUUUUAUUUGUGUUGUUUUAUUUGCCAUGUAUCAAUUAUUAUCAUAUAGAUAGAUAUAAAUCGAAAUUAUUUAAAUUUUUACUAAUUAAAAAAUAUUUAUAAUAAUCAGUAUUAUCUACGUCUACGAUAAUGUGGUUUAUUUUUACUAUCUGUUUAAAUUUACAAUCAAAUUUUGUAGCUUUUUUUUUAAUUACAACAGACAGAAUGAUAUUUACUUGACAAAGAUUUAAAAAAUAUUAAAUAUCACAGUUUAUGGAAUAAUUUAUUUGGUUUAAAAUUCAAUUGGACUGAAAUUGCCUUAAUUUUUUCUUUAACUUAAUGUUGUAUACUUAUCAAAGUGGCACCAGUUGUUACACAU